AUGUUAACAACUCAGGCGGCUGGACCAGACAAUGUCCUGGGACAGGUGCUUAUGGAAUGCUCUGACCAGCUGACACGUGUUCUUACAGAUAUUUACAACAUCUCAGAAGUUGAAGAUACAACAGCCGAUCGAUGUUUCCUAAGCUUUAAAGUCCUAGUUGUCUCUUCUAAAUUUGAAGGGAAGCCCCUCCUUCAGAGGCACCGGUUGGUAAAUAAUUGUUUAGCAGAAGAAUUGAAAGAAAUCCAUGCUUUUGAACAGAAAACACUAACUCCAGAGCAAUGGGAGAAGGAAAAGCAGAAAUGA